CCGACACCAUGUGACACACGAUGAGCCGAUGCUGAGUUGGGAGCGCCAGCAGCUCUGGCGGCUGGAGCCUCAGCCCAGCCCUGGACAGCUCCUCCAAGAUCCUCCAGGAGGGCGGAAGCAGGCAGGACCAGAAGGGGAGCCGGGCUGCACCUCAUGAACACUCAGUCCUGACUGUCCCCGGCAGAAGCAAAGCCAGGAGUGCCUGACACCCAUCUGUAGCUUUCAGAGCCACACCUCGGCCCCACCCCGACCUUCUGGGAUCUCAGUGGUGGAAUGAGCACUCCACUCCCUCCUCCUCCCCUCCACCCAUAUGCAAUUAAGGUCUUCCUACCAACCAACGGUGUGACCCCACUCUGCCCCCUCCCCACUCUCAGCUGGGCCGAUGAUUCCACACAGAGCCCCUGCUCCUGUUAGGCAGCAUCCCCCCCCCCCACACCCAUCAACUCUGUCCCUGACACUCCAACCCAUUGCCACAUGGACAGAUCUUGGCCUCAAGCGCUAGGAUGGAGCACAGCCAGGAGUGGAGUCCUUCAUCUCCACCUGGGGCUCGACUCCACCUCUGGAGGACCCGGCAGGCCAGGAGGCAGAUCCAGCUCCUUUGCUGAGCAGCCUUUCCCCAAGGCCUAUUCCCUCUCCUGGUCAGAUAACCGUAGCUGAGGGCUGAGGAGCUGAAGCGAGGCAGAUGGUAGCCAGAAGCCACAUGCUCGGUGUUAAGGCCCCAAGUCCAGGCUUGACUUUGUCCUCCUGUUCUGCCCGUGGAUCCUUCCCUCCUGGAGGGAAAGGGCAGGAGAUCCGAGCACAGCUUCAAGGGGCAGGGAGCCAGCUCUGAACCCCCCUAUCACUCUCCCCCAGUAGGCCAGAGGACCAGCUGCAUGAAGGCAGGAGGGAGGCCCUCGCCAAGUCUCUGGAGAGAUGCAGGCCCCUGUCCCAUCUCCCCACAGCACAUGAUGGGGGAAAGACAGCCACAGCCCAUCCAGCCUGCAGGGACUGCCUGCUAAAAGCUCGGGACACACGCCAUUAGCAGCCCCUGGAGGACGAGACUCUGAGAGCUGCUAGUGGAAGCUUUCCCAUCCAGUACCUUGCACAGGGCAGAGUUCAGAAGUGAGCGGAGGCAGGACGCAAGUUCCGGAGCUGGGAACGCAGAUGUCCUGGUGGCUGCAGGGGUAUCAGGAGAGAGAAAGCACGGAGCAGACAUCCUUCACCCCCGCCACCCUCACUCUCCACCCGUGAUGGAGCAGAAAGAAGACAGACAGCACCCAGCGUCCCUCAACACCCAGGAGGAUGUAGCGUUCAACCUGGUCAUCCUGUCCCUCACUGAACUCCUCAGCCUGGGUGGGCUGCUGGGCAAUGGCGCGGUCCUGUGGCUGCUUAGCUGCAACGUCUACAGGAACCCCUUCUCCAUCUACCUCCUGGACGUAGCGUGCGCUGACCUCAUCUUCCUCGGCUGUCACAUGGUGGCCAUCAUCCCUGACCUGCUGCCCGGCCAGCUGAACUUCCCAGGUGUUGUGCAGGUCAGCCUGGCCAUGCUGAGAUUCUUCUGCUAUAUGGUGGGCAUGAGCCUCUUGGCAGCCAUCAGCACAGAGCAGUGCCUGGCCGCCUUCCUCCCGGCCUGGUACCUGUGCCGCCGUCCGCGCUACCUGACCACCUGUGUGUGCGCGCUCACCUGGGUGCUCUGUCUGCUGCUGGACCUGCUGCUCAGCGGCGCCUGCACCCAGUUCUUCGGGCAGCCCAGCAGCCAGCUGUGUGGGGUGCUGUGGCUGGUGGUCGCAGCCGUGCUGGCCACCGUGUGCUCCGUCAUGUGUGUGAGCAGCCUGGUCCUGUUGCUGUGGGUGGAGCACGGUCCGCAGGGGCACCAGCCCCGGGGCUUCCCCGCCCUCAUCCUGCUGGCUGUCCUCCUUUUCCUCUUCUGUGGUCUACCCUUUGGCAUCUUCUGGCUGUGCUGGAACUUAGACUGGCACAUCCCUCACCACUUCUACCACUUGAGUUUCUUCAUGGCUGCUGUGCACAGCGGCGCCAAGCCCGUGGUGUACUUCUGCCUGGGAAGCACCAGUGGCCGAGUGCUGCGGGACCCCCUGCGGCUGGUGUUGCAGCGGGCGCUGGGGGAUGAGGCUGAGUUGGGGGCUAUGAGGGAGGCCUCCCACGGGGGCCUUGUGGACAUGGCCGUCUAA